AAAACAGUUCACUCUUAGCUAGAAACCUGAACACACGUUUAGUUUUUAGAUUUCGCAUUAAAAUCUAUCAAUUCUUGUCAAUUUAUUGAAAUAAUUAAGGUUAUUAUUUGGUUUGACAGUUGAAUUUCGCGCGAAACCGUGGUUCCAUAGAGCGAUUUGUUAACUUUUUAAUUUAAAGUAGACAAAGGCAUUGUGUUUAGCUUUGUUGUCGUGUUUAAUUUUAGGUCGGACUUGAUUGAAAAGCACCAUGCCUUCCGAAAUGAUAUCGGAGAAGUCUCUGCAGCGCGAGCUGGCCGACUCCAUCAUCAGAAUGGUUCCUCUGGACGAGAUCAGGAUACUACUGGCUUGCGGCGCCAAGGUGAACGAACCAGUGACACAGGGUCUUCGUCCGCUGCACUACGCCAUCUGGCAGCGGUACCUGGAAGCAACCAGGCUGCUCCUGGUCCGGGGAUGCGAUGUCAACGCCAGGGACGACUGCGGAUACAGCGCUCUGCAUCUGUCUGCGGAACAUGGCUACACAGACCUGGUGAAGCUAUUACUGGAGAGUGGAGCAGCUGUGGACUAUCGAGCCGAUACUGGCGAAGAGUUCCCGAGGACAACGCUUUGUGACGAGCCCCUGAGACUGGCUAUACGGAACAAGCAUUACGAGGUAGCCCGUCUUCUCCUUGAGCACGGUGCUGACCCAAACAAGCGUUACUUCUUCGGCUCUGAGAUCAACCUGGUUUCCGACCCUGAAUAUCUAGAACUGCUGCUGACGUUUGGUGCCAACCCUGACUCGAGGGACAGGGCUGGGCUAACGCCAUUGAUGAAGGCGGCUAGGCAGAGAAAGGGCAUGGACGCAGUCUUGCUGCUGAUCAGCUACGGGGCGGACGUGAACGCGAUGGCGGACGCUAGGAACGACUACCGAACAGUGAUGCAUUACGCUGUUCUAGGGGGUAACACAGAAGUAGUCAACCUGCUGAUCAAGCAAGGCGCCCGCGUCAACUACGAGUGUCCUGAACUGAGCAAGCCCAGCCCACUGGACCUGACCAUCCUGAAGGGAGAUGUGCCUAUGCUACAGAUGUUGCUAUCUGCUGGUGCCCAAGUGAACGCGUCGAGCUCUGUGAUUGGUUCCCCGCUACAUGUCGCGUGCUCUGACAAUAUUACCAACAGGAAGGAAAUUAUCAAGAUCCUUCUGGAGAGCGGUGCGGAUCCUAACCUCAAAGUGUACAAUGAUGACGACGCCACGCAGCUGCGGCCCGCGCUGGCCGAGUACCUCGCGAGCGCCGCGCGGCCGCGCGCCGCCGUCGUGGCCGCGCUGCUGCGCUACGGCGCCCGGGUUAUCAUGAAAACUCAAUUCCGCGACCCGGACGGCAUUCUCAAUCAUCUCCAAAACGUCACUGCGGAUGAAUACCAACACAUUUUCUACCAACUUCUAGAAGCCGCAGAGGCGUUUGAUCUUUGCAUGAUAAAAAGAAAUAACAUAUUGAACCCCACGCAAAAACAAACCUUAAUUGAACGCGCUAAGACACCGAUUUCUUUGCUCGCUCAAUGUAGAAUUUAUCUCCGCAGAUUCUUUAGAACGAAUCUGCCUCAUGUUGUUAAAAAUUUGGAGGUCCCGACAACGCUUCAUCAUUAUCUUCUGUUUGAAUGCAGUUAAGGAUUUAAAUAUGUUUUUCGGAUUAAAUUGGCUGCAGGCGGGCAUUUUCUGAUGCCCUUUCAUUGAAUAAAAAAAUUAUGUUGGUGUUACUAGCAUUCAAAGAGCUCUCGGAUUGUGGGGUAUUUUUUGUAAUUUGAAUAUCCCGUUACGAGAUUCUUCGUGUAUUACGAUUUUUAAUGUAAGGCUAUUAAAAAUAAGACUAUUAGUUUUGUAAAGAAUUUCUUUUUAUCCCAUUGUAUAGUAAAAUGUUUUAUAGAUGUCUCAGUGUGAGUAAACACACGAACAACGAUAUUAAAAAAUAUGUACUAUUUAACCUAUUUUGGCUGAUUUAUACUUAUAUGUUAUGGAAUUGGUUUACAGGCACUUUCUCUAUUGGUACUUGAGCAUUCUUUAUUACGUAGAGCAUUGUUUAUUACGUAUAAAAAAGAAAAAAUCAUUUUCUUUAGUGUUAUUUUUCAUUAUUAAUAUAUAUAAUGUUUGGUUUUAAAUAUUUAUACGUUUUCAAAGAUAUUUAUGCUAGUGCUUUGAUGCUUUCUUUUUUAAAUUAAAUGGCUUCUAUAACUUUAAGCCUAAAUUGUGAAAUAUAAUGGAGACUGCUGAUUUUACGAUUUUUUGAUAUGUAUUAAGUAUUAUGUUAUGUACUCUUAUCGUCUGAAACAUGUUUAUGACUAUGUGAUACGAUGUGAUAUACUCUUAUAUUAUAAGUAUAUAACUAUAGUUUGUAAGAUUCAUUUGUAUGUCACUUGAAUCUAAUAAAAAUAAAAAGUAAAAUUAAA